GUAUAUUAAUUGGCCGAAGGAUAUAUUUACGUGAGUUUCCUACUAAAAAUGACUAAUUUUGCCGCCACUAGUGUAGACUGAAUCCACACCGAUCGAGUAAUACGGGGAAAGAGAGGACAGUUGUAACUGAUUUUUUUCCCUUUAGACUCGGUACUCACUUAAAACUUCACUGUGGUAAAAAAAAAAAAAAAAAAAAAAUGAGGAUAAAACUUCACUACUGCUACUUGCAAACCUACACCAAAUACUCUAAUUCCCGUCUCCUUAUUUAUACAUAAUUUUUCCUAUAUUUUUAUGUUAGUUUUAUGCAACUAAAGUAGUCUACAUGUCACUUCAUUAGUGUAAUUACUUUCCUAAGAGAGAUAAAUUAAUGGCUCUUCUAAAGCUGGGUUCUAAGUCCGAAGCCUUCUGCUGUGAAGGCCAGGCAUGGCGUUGUAAGUCAGGACUUCCAAGUGACAUUACAAUUGAAAUUGGAGAAAUGUCCUUUUAUCUACACAAGUUUCCUUUGCUUUCAAGGAGUGGACUACUAGAAAAGCUCAUGAGUGAAUCAACAAAAGAGGAUGGAUCAGUAUGCAUUCUUCAGCUUAGUGACAUACCUGGUGGAGCUAAAGCAUUUGAACUAGUAGCCAAAUUCUGUUAUGGUGUUAGAUUUGAACUUACUCCUCUUAAUGUAGUGACCCUUAGAUGUGCAUCUGAGUAUUUACAAAUGACAAAUGAAUAUGGUGAAGGAAAUCUGGUAUCCCAAACCGAGGCUUUUCUCAACGAAGUUUUCGCGAAUUGGACAGACACAAUAAAAGCAUUAGAAACUUGUGAAGAAGUAUUGUCAUAUGCUGAAGAGCUUCACAUUGUGUCGCGUUGCAUAAAGUCAUUAGCGAUGAAAGCUUGUAGCGAUUCAAAAUUACUUAAUUGGCCUGUUAUGGAGAAUGGUAAUGAUAACACAACGGGUGCUGAUGUAUGGAACGGUAUAAGCACUGGAAUGAAUAAGUCACAACCGAUGACUGAUGAUUGGUGGUACGAAGAUGUGUCGUUCCUCAGCUUACCUUUAUACAAACGUUUGAUUCAGGCCGUUGAAGCUGGAGGCAUGAGGCCUGAGAAUAUAUCGGGUGCACUCGUGUUUUAUGCAAAGAAAUAUGUUCCUUUAAUGAAUAGGCAAUCGAGUUUCAAGGACGUUACUCACGCUAAAUCAGGUUCAACUCCGUCUGAGGCAGAUCAAAGGGUGCUUUUAGAAGAGAUCGUCGAGUUGUUACCAAAACAAAAAGGUGUAACCGAGACUAGAUUUCUCCUCAGGCUGCUACGUACCGCCAUGAUGUUGCAGGCUAGUCCAGCCUGUCGAGUAAAUUUGGAGGGAAGAGUCGGGUUGCAGUUGGACCAGGCGACACUUGAUGAUCUGUUGAUACCGAAUAUUGGCUACACGGUUGAAACUUUAUAUGAUAUCGACUGUUUUCAGCGUAUUCUUGAUCAUUUCUUGUUAAUAGAUCAGGCUUCAGCAGCAGUAUCGCCAUGUAUUAUGGAAGAGAGUCAAUUGAUGGAAAGUAGUCAGUCUUUGGCUUCAAUAACAAGAGUGGCAAAUCUCGUGGAUUCGUAUCUUGCUGAGGUCGCGCCUGAUGUUAAUUUCAAGUUUCCGAAAUUUCAGUCUCUUGCUGCUGCAGUCCCAGAAUAUGCUAGGCCAAUUUCCGAUGGUAUCUAUCGUGCAAUCGAUAUAUAUUUGAAGGCACAUCCUUGGCUGACAGACAUUGAAAGAGAGCAAAUCUGCAGACUAAUGAAUUGCCAGAAGCUGUCGUUAGAGGCGAGCACACAUGCUGCUCAAAACGAGAGGCUGCCCCUAAGGGUCAUUGUUCAAGUCUUGUUUUUUGAACAGCUUCGACUACGUACAUCAAUUUCCGGAUGGUUCUUUGUGUCGGAAAAUCUUGAAAACUCGCAAAAUCUUAGCGGAGCAAUUGGACAACACACGGACAAUGUUGCAAGGGGCAGGGGAUCGAGCGUUGAGGACAUGAGGGAACGUGUCUCCGAGCUUGAAAAGGAGUGUAACAACAUGAAGGAGGAGUUCCAAAAGAUGGUGAAAACAAAGAGAAGGUGGAAUAUAUUUUGCAGGAGAAAAUCUCAGUCUAACUCGAAAUCGGGAAAGCCUAUUGAAGGUGCAACAUGUCAAACUGUCUCAAAAAUUGCAACAUGUCAAACUGUUCCAAAAAUUAACUAAGACUAGUAAGUGUUAUGGAGUUUCUGAAAAUGAAUGAAAUGUAGUUGUUUGGUCAAUUACAUAGCCAGUUUUGAAUCUUUUUGUUCUAAUAUUAGUCCAAAGGCAGUGCUCCUAUAAGAAAUUUUGACCCCAUAUGACUACUUUCACUAAAGAUAAGGUGAAUAUGAGGGGAGGGAAGUGAAAAUUUCUUUAUGUUUUCUUGAAUAUCGUAACUAAUGAGAUCAAGUUACAGGAAAUAGAA